UUAAUCCAAGAUGAUCAUUAAACCAUUAGAUGGUGGUCUAGCACAGUCCCAUACUGCCUCUUCCUAUUAAUAUUUUUUGGAUUUCUUCGUUGCUUAUUUAAUUGCCACCACCUCCCUUUUUCUUUUUUUCGUUCGAGGCUCAUUUCAUGCCUUCGGUAUCAUACCAUCACAGCUUGCCAAGGACCAUUUCAUUCCUUCAGUACCACUUCAACCCUCUUCCUAUAAAUACCAUCUCCCUUGUCACCCUUCUCGUGCCUUCUUCUACACCCAUCUAUUUACCCUCCACAGCCUAAAACGCAAGUCACCAGCUAUGGCCACGUUUUCCCUCCUCAUCCUCUUCUCCCUCUUCCUCGUCCUCCCUCCCUGCCUUGUCGCCGAUCCUGACCAGCUCCAAGACAUCUGCGUAGCAGAUCUUAACUCGGACGUCAAGUUGAAUGGCUUCGCAUGCAAGCCUGCGGCAAAAGUCACAGAGGCGGACUUCUUCUUCAAGGGGCUGGCGACGGCCGGCGCCACCAACAACACCAUGGGCAGCCUGGUGACGGCCGCCAACGUCGAGAAGAUCCCCGGGCUGAACACGCUCGGCGUCUCCCUAUCGCGCGUUGACUACGCCCCCGGCGGGCUGAACCCGCCCCACACCCACCCUCGUGCCACCGAGGUCGUCUUCGUCCUCGACGGCACCCUCGACGUCGGCUUCAUCACCACUGCCAACAAGCUGAUAGCCAAGACCAUUACCAAGGGCGAGGUGUUCGUCUUUCCCAGGGGGCUCGUUCACUUCCAGAAGAACAACGGUGCCGCUCCUGCCGCCGUCAUCGCCGCCUUCAACAGCCAGCUUCCUGGCACCCAGUCCAUCGCCGUUGCACUCUUCGCAGCUACCCCGCCGGUGCCCGACCACGUCCUCGCCCGGGCCUUCCAGAUCGGAUCCAAGGAGGUGGAAAAGAUCAAAAGCCGCCUCGCACCUGGGAAGUAAAAGCAAGAGAUGAAGUCAGCUGGGUUUACUGCCACUUCCUGCUUUAACUUAUCAUCGAUCAAAACUUGUUUGACAUUACUUUUCUGUCAUUCGGAUGGAACGCACUAAUGUUUGUUUAUUGUUCAUUCAAUCAUCAGAUAAAUGACAUUUCUCUUUCCCUUC